AUGAUCUGCGACAUCGACUUCCCGGCUCAGAACAUCUACCCCUUCAUCCUCGCUGGCUCCUUCGAUGAGUGUUUGGAGCAGUGCCAGACCUACAAUGAGAAAGCCAUGGCAGGCACUCGCUGCGCCGGCUUUGUCUUCGCUCCAGAUCGCACCCACGGCGCUGAUGAUUGCUAUCUGCAGUCUUCCCUGCACGACCCUAGCUCGGCCACGAUCCAUCUUGUGGGCGCAACCAUCAAUCCUUCUACGCCGCCAAUCGCUUUGCCAUCAACAUCAUCCUCAAUUCCGACCCCUCGGUCAAAUCUGGGCAAAUCCUACUCCGAAGUCAACGUAGGAAACUUGAAAGUCCUUGGCAGCUCCACAAACAAGCCCACCAAACAGUAUGUCAGUCAUGUACCUGCCACUCCCCAGAAGCUGGCAAGCAGCCUCCUUGUACCCGGCCUCAACCCCGAUCUCAUAACAAAGUAUCCAAUUGCCGAUGAUACUGGCUCUUGGACUGACGCUCAGUUGCCAAGUGGUGUGAAACUGUCAAACAUGACAACCGCGCCACGCAUGUCUCGUGACGGUGGAAAAGGAGGUACAAUCAAUGAAACACACAUUUUCGUCUUCUGUGACACCGCAAGCUUCUCCGACGAUCAGGGCAUGGUCGGUUUUGUAUCUAGCUCUGUCGCCACGGACUAUGGUAUGAAGGCCCUCUAUGGCGCACCUCUCGAGCUUGUCGACAACCUUGGUGAGUGGCAGGACGAUGUUGGCAGAAUGCGAGGCUUUGCUCCCAUGACCACUGGAGAGGAAUCCUUCAACAUCGACCUCUCCGGCAAAGGAUACCGAUACGCGGUGUGGCCGGAAUCUUCACUCAUCCCCUUCAAUGCGUCUCAUGCCCUGCUUUAUCCUGCGCUGGUGUACGAUGUUGUCGACAUGAGCAAUCAGGCAGCAGUUUUCAACGAUGUUGGGAACACCGUCCUCCUGGUCUCAGUGGACCCUACCUACGGUCCGACUGCCGAACGCGUUGUCCCACAACUGUACAACCAAGACGAGGUCACCUUUGGCACUCUGGGCGGCAUCCGCUCGUGGGGUCCCGAUGGCAAGGGCGGCAAUGACGGGCACAUCUAUCUCUUUGGCAAGGGUGACAACGGUGUUCUCGUCGCAAGAACUGUUCCAAAUGGCUUCACUGACCUGUCGACAUACGAGUAUUGGAACGGUGACUCCUGGAUAGGAGACAAGUUAUCGUCAUCUUCGAAUGCUGUCAUGCUGGACAUGCAGGUUCAGGACCUGGAUGUCGUCUAUAUUCCAGCCAUCCGGAGCUUCCUCAUGAUCUACCUCAAUACCCUUGCCGACAACACAUUCUACUAUCGCCACUUGCCACUUGAUCUUGAUGCUGAUGACCAAGACUGUGAUGUGGAUCACAUUGUCAAAGCCAAGUGGUCCGACGCGAAAGUCUUGGCCCAGAUCGAUGCGCCUGUAGAGGGAUACAUCUACGCCGGCGGCUUGCAUGCGGGAUAUUUUGGCGACGACGACAUCACCAACGGCGGCUCGAAGAUCUUGAUCACCUGGACGGAGCAUACCGGAAAGGACGCGGCGUCCCCUGAGUCUGGGUACGCUCAUAAGGCUGCCUCUGUCGAACUCAAUCUUUCCUGA